AUGGACCAACAGCAACCAACCGUCCCGACUACUACAGAGGCACCUGUUGCCGACUCACCUACUGUUCCGGAGACCACCCCAGCAGAGGCUGGGCCCACCGAUGAAGCUACUCCGGCUGAGGUGUCGACGGAGGCGUCCCCCGCUGAGCCCAGCACAGAGGCAUCACUCUCGGAAGCUGGCGUACCGGCUGUUACCCCUGCCGAAGCACAGGAAGUCGUAACGACCGUCGAAGCUCCGACGCCUGAGAAGCCUAUCGAGCCUGCUGUACAGGAACAACCCCAGGCUGUUCCCGUCCCUUUGCCUUCCGCUCCUACUCCUCAACAGGAGCCCCCAGUUGCUCCUAUGGGCGUCGCAGCCGCUACUGCUGCUACUGCAUCGGCUGCAGCUAUACAACCAGAGCAGAUCGCCUCAGCACCUGGUCAAACGCCUCCGAUGGGGCACAACCCGGGGGUUUCUGCUCCUGCUCCUCGUUAUGAUGGGCCGCCCGGUAGGAGGGGAGAUGACACUAAGAAGGUUUUUGUCGGCGGUCUCCCACGUGAAGCCGAUAAGCCUGCUUUGGAUGCGUACUUCAGCCAGUUCGGUCCAGUAGAAGAUUCAGUGGUGAUGAUGGACCGGUUCACGGGACGAAGUCGAGGCUUCGGCUUUGUCACGUUCGAGACUAAGAACAGAUGCUU